CCUCCCGAGCGCUGGAACUAAGCUGUGCGCCACCACCGCCCAGCAGGAUCAGGAAUUCUUGGCUACAUAGUGAGUUUUGAGACCAGCCUGGGCUACAUGAGACCUGUUUCCCCCAAAUACACACAGCCCUGUACCCCUACAGAUAGGCGAUUUCUGGGGCGCGAGGGCUGGUUUCGGGCCCAGGCAGCCGAGGGGUGCAGGCCCCAAGCCCCGGCUCCCGGGGGCUGUUCUUCCCGCUCGCUUACCCGUGGCCUCAGGACACCCUGGGGCGCGGAGAGCUCUCCCUCCCAGAGCGGUGGGCGGGGGCGGCCUGCCCGGGCUGACCAGCCUCCCGCCCGCAGCCCCAGCGGGAAGAAGUUCCGCAGCAAGCCACAGCUGGCGCGCUACCUGGGCGGCUCCAUGGACCUCAGCACCUUCGACUUCCGCACGGGGAAGAUGCUGAUGAACAAGAUGAAUAAGAGCCGCCAGCGCGUGCGCUACGACUCCUCCAACCAGGUCAAGGCUCUGUCCAAACGCCUCCCUGGCCCCUCCAACCCUCCGUGGAUCCCGGUCGGAGCGGCCCGCUGCAGAGUCUUCUUCCCCCAGGGCAAGCCUGACCUGAACACGGCGCUGCCCGUGCGGCAGACCGCAUCCAUCUUCAAGCAGCCGGUGACCAAGAUCACCAACCACCCCAGCAACAAGGUCAAGAGCGACCCGCAGAAGGCGGUGGACCAGCCGAGGCAGCUGUUCUGGGAGAAGAAGCUGAGCGGCCUGAGUGCCUUCGACAUCGCUGAGGAGCUGGUCAGAACCAUGGACCUGCCCAAGGGCCUGCAGGGGGUGGGCCCAGGCUGCACGGAUGAGACGCUGCUGUCGGCCAUCGCCAGCGCGCUGCACACCAGCACCCUGCCCAUCACGGGCCAGCUCUCGGCAGCCGUGGAAAAGAACCCUGGCGUGUGGCUGAACACCGCGCAGCCCCUGUGCAAAGCCUUCAUGGUGACUGACGACGACAUCAGGAAGCAGGAGGAGCUGGUGCAGCAGGUGCGCAAGCGCCUGGAGGAGGCGCUCAUGGCCGACAUGCUGGCCCACGUGGAGGAGCUGGCCCGGGAUGGGGAGGCGCCCCUGGACAAGGCCUGUGCUGAGGACGAGGAGGACGAGGAUGAGGAAGACGACGAGCCUGAGCCCGAGCGGGUCUAGCACAGGUGCUGCGGGCCGGUCAGGGUGACGGCGGCCGCUCGCUCGCUCGCCCCCCAGCCAGGCUGCCGACGGCUGCCCUCGCCUCUUCCAGACGGCCUGCCGCGCUGGGUUGCAGACUUCCCUCUGCCUGGCCUGGACCAGGUGGGGGCCAGGCCAGCAGGAGGCGGGCCUCGUGCGGGGAGCCCCCGGUGGGCCUCGGACUCACUUGCCCCUGCGCUUGUGGCAAGGAGCCCCACAUUGAAAACUGAAGGUCGGGGCGCAGCUGGGAGGCAGCCUUCACCGCGGUCACCUCCCUGCCUCCUCACCAUAAGAAGAAGCCCUGCUCGGCACCAAGGAGCUACAAGCUUUGUUGGGCCGCUGGAGGAAGGUUCUGGAAACACACCUGGCUGUUCCUGACUUUCAGCGUCCCAGGCCAGGAUCUGGACUGCUACCAGGGUCUCGGGGUCGCCAGCCCCCCUGAGCUAGGGCCAGCAGCCAGCCAGGAACUUGCUUUCCUUCAAUAAACCGAUGGUAGGAA